AAAUAGCUAGAUAAAAAAAAAUUGUGACGAAGAAGAAAAAAAAAUAAUUUUUCCGGAGUUCGAACGCAUAAUUUCACAAAUCAAUCAAGUUUUUAGAAUUUUCAUACUUUAAAUGCCAACAAAAACACAAGAAACCGCACAAAAACUAUAAAAAAAAAUUACGAACAUUGUUGAUGAAUAAAAAUUAAAGUGUUAAAAUAAAUAAAUCUUCCAGAAAAAACACUCCAAAAGAAAGAAAAUUUGUCAAGUGCCAAGCAAUUGCAUUUUCACAAAACACACACACACUUACACAAACAAAUAAAAGAAAAAAAUUACCAGCUAGCCUUCAAACUACAAAUUAAACAUUUUGGAAAAGAAAACUACAGUAAAAAAGUGAAAUUCCAUGGCUUGUGCAGCAACAGCUGCAGGUAAAGAUGCCAAUACAGGAAGCACAAAUACGGGUUUAGUAGCAGCUGCUACUGGUGGUGGAGGUGGCACAAGUGGAGCCACGGCUUCUACGUCAAGUUCUUCGGUGGCAGGGGCUGUAGGUGGUGCAGGCUCUUCUUCAUCAGCGGCCGUAGCGGCAGGUGCUCCACAAUCAAACGGCGGUAGUGUUAUAAAUCGUCAAUCACGUUUUGCCAUGGAGGGUGUAGGCGCUCGAGUUAUAAGAGGUCCCGAUUGGAAAUGGGGUAAACAGGAUGGUGGGGAAGGUCAUGUUGGCACUGUGCGAAAUUUCGAAUCUUCCGAAGAAGUCGUAGUAGUGUGGGAUAAUGGUACCGCGGCUAAUUAUCGUUGCGCCGGCGCUUACGAUUUACGUAUAUUGGAUAGUGCUGCGACGGGUAUUAAACAUGAUGGCACUAUGUGUGAUACCUGCCGUCAACAGCCCAUUUUUGGUAUACGUUGGAA